GUCCUGUCGAAUGUUAUAUCGUACGCCGACCGGAGUCAUUUUAUCGAACACUUGAAGCGCGAUGGCCGCGACACCCCAAGCCGUGUCGCACCUUCUUCCUCUUCAACCAUUCCCGCCAUAUCCUUUGUCUCCGUCGUCGCGCGGUAGGACCGGAGCUAGGCAUCGAAGAGAAGAAUCGUACAUAGCUUGCUCCAAAGGACUUCGCAGAAGCCCCGACGAUUACCACGCGACGCUCAAAGCUCUCAACUCCAAAGGUCGCACCCCGAGAAAAUCCCUCGGCCAGCAUUACAUGUUAAACGAUGACAUCAAUGAGCAGCUCGUGAAUACUGCCGGUGUUAAAGAAGGAGAUGUGGUGCUGGAAAUUGGUCCUGGAACUGGUUCUCUCACUAAUGUUCUUAUUGGUGCUGGUGCCACCGUUCUUGCAAUUGAAAAGGACCCAAAUAUGGCUUCUAUUGUGGCUGAAAGAUUUGCAGAGACAAACCAGCUAAGGGUAUUGCGAGAAGAUUUUGUCAGAUGUCACAUUCAUUCCCACAUUUCAUCAUUUUUGGCCAGCAUAGAGUCAGACAUGAAGCCAAGAUGUGCAAAAGUUGUCUCCAAUAUACCCUUUAACAUAAGCACAGAUGUUGUCAAGCAGAUUCUUCCAAUGGGUGACAUUUUUUCUGAAGUUGUUCUCCUACUUCAGGAGGAGACAGCUGUCAGGCUGGUGGUCUCAGCUCUAGGAACAUCUGAAUACCGACCCAUUAAUAUCUUUGUCAAUUUUUAUUCAGUUCCUGAAUACAAAUUUAACGUUCCAAGGACAAACUUCUUUCCUCAGCCUAAUGUCGAUGCAGCAGUGGUGAUGUUUAGGUUGAAAAAAGCUGCUGAUUAUCCACCAGUUUCGUCCACUCAGAGUUUCUUCUCAAUGGUGAAUUCAGCAUUCAACGGAAAGCGAAAGAUGCUGCGCAAGUCCCUCCAGCAUCUGUGCACGGCCGUUGAGAUUGAAAAGGCUCUCGAAGAAGUUGGUCUUCCAACGACAUCAAGACCAGGAGAGCUUACACUGGAUGAUUUCGUGAAGUUGCAUAACUUGAUGGUGAAAUAGUACAUCCAAAUAUCUCCUUGAACGGGGCAAGAGAGAAGUCGCUCGUUUCAUUAUUGAGCCAUGGAGAUGGGAACUUUAGAAAGAUCUCAAUCAUAUCCCGGGUGUCGUAGCUGUUUUCAAUUAAGAAUUCAUGAUUAGGAGUUGCAUCAGAUACAAGGACAGAAGUGAAUUCCCACAAGUGCACAGAUGCUGCGAAAAUGUCUACGCCAGAGGUUGUCUGAAUCAUGAAUUCUUAAUGUAGGCCCAUCAACCAUGUAUAUGCCUCGUGAAUCUGUACAUAAAGGACAGUAGUUUGAGAUUUUGUGAAAAGAAAAGGAUCUUUGCAAAGAAAUGAGUUCAGAA